UCACAAAUGGUCGAAUUUUCAUGUUUUGUUAUUCUAAUUUGUUGUUAAUUAAUGUAACUAAACUAACAAGUAAAACAGUCCAGAAACAGUAUUGAAUUCAUGCUAACACGUAACCCACCCAGCAUUUCUGCCAGCUGAUUAGCUAUAAUCUCUCAAAUGAGUGCGCCGGCCCAGGAGCCGGGCCCGGAGCAUUUCCAGCAGUUCCCCUCGAACAGGAUCAUCGUGGUGCACCCCGGGUCCCUCUACGUGCGCAUCGGGCGAGCUUCCGACCUGCUGCCCGUCAAGCAGCUGCACUGUAUAGCUAGGUACCGACGCCCUGGCGGCAAAAUAUACCGGGACCCUUUCAUACCGCCCAGCGCGCCCAAAACUAAAGACCUUAUACAGGAACUCGAGGAAUGCCGGCUGCAAGUGUCACAUACGCUACAGUCGUGUGUCCAGUCGAACGGGGCGCGGCGCUACGCUACUCCGCCUCAGCAGAUCGCGGCUUUUAACCGUAGAUCUUUGCCGGAGAUGGUGAACGAUGGCGAGCCGUGGCCGCAGGUGCAGAGCGACGUGGUGGUUGGUGACCUCGUCCUGGACAUCGACCCCGACCUGCCCUACAACAUACACUUCCCAUACAGAAGAGGCGACUUCAACAUACACUCUGAAGUGGGAGGCUCUCUGUCCUCGGUACUCAAUGAUAUGUUCACUAUCUGGAGCGCCAUAAUAGAGCAUAAACUCGGUAUUCCACUGAUGGAGUUAGUGAAAUACAGAUGUGUUCUGCUCAUACCUGAUAUUUACUCUAGGAGUCACUUGAAGUACCUCAUGUCAUUAUUACUAAAGGAUUUAGGUUUUGGAUCAUGUUUCUUAGUGCAAGAGAGUGUUGGUGCAACAUUUGGGGCAGGGAUUGGCUCUGCUUGUGUUGUGGAUGUUGGAGACCAGAAGAUGGCAAUAUCCUGUGUGGAAGAUGGAAUUUCACACAAAACUACUAGACUAAGAAUGGACUAUGGAGCAGGGGAUGUCUGCCAGACACUGUCAUGGAUGUUCCAUAAGAGUGUGUUUCCCUACAAAGACUGGAAUGAGAAUGUUCCAAGAGAUGUGAUGCUGAUGAGGAGCCUGUACCAAGACUUCAGUCAUGUGAACCUUGACAUCUGUGGCCCACAGGAGAGGACAUUCCUGGUGGACCAUCCUGGAGACAUUGUGAACAAAUACACACUGCAAAUAGGUGAUGAAUGCAUAAUAUCCCCUCUAGCCAUGUUCUACACUGAUCUCCUUAAAAUCACAGGGUUGAAGAGCACAAAGAUACAGAACCGUCAACCGAGUGAUCCAGAGGAUCCAUUUGAUGCAGAGUUCUUGAGAGAAACAGGAAGAAAGAGGGAGACAGCUGAUCCAGCAGCCAAUGAAAGCCAGACAUUUGAAGUAGCCAAUGAAAGUCAGACAACAACCAACCCUGAUGAAGACAUUGUAGUGGACACAUUAGAAGGGGGUCCUGGGGACAUGGUCUCACUAACACCAGGACAGGUAUUAGCUUUAGAUGCUGCAAUACUGCAGAGUAUUGACCGCUGCCCAAGCGAAGAGCUGAAGCGGAAAAUGUACAGUAGCAUUCUUAUUGUAGGUGGGGGAGUAAAGAUACAGGGCUUAGCUACGUGGCUACAGAACAGACUAGCUCUUCAAAUACCUUACGCAUACAAGACAGAGCAGUUAGAAAUAGUGACAAGUCCUAAAGACAUAGAUCCAGCGAGUACGGCCUGGAAGGGAGCAGCCGUCAUGUCGUGUCUGGAGUCUGCUAUUGAACUGUGGAUCAACCAAAGUGAGUGGAACAAAUAUGGACUAAAGAUUCUAAGAGAAAGAGCACCAUUUAUAUGGUAGAUUGUUAUUUAAGUUAUUAUAAUAUAUGUAUAAUUUUAAAGCUAA